CUGUGGUAACUAUUUACAACCGAGAAGUCUGGGUGGAGAUGAUGAUGGCGGAGUUGGUGCAGGGACAGGCCUCCGUUGCUCAGUCCGGAAUGAAAGCUGACGGCUUCGCCCACGCUUUACAUCGGGCCCGACAGAUGGCAGGAAAAAUGAGGAAUGAGCAGAUUUCUCACCUAAACAGUUCCCCCCCUAUUGUAGACCCCUCCAUGUAUGGCUAUGUGGACCAGAAGCGAUCGGUGGAAGACGGAGUAGGUAACCAGCUGGGAGCCAUGGUACAUCAAAGGGCUGUUUUGACAGAAGACUUCCAAGUGCCUGAUAGAAUGGUUGGAUUCAUCAUAGGCAGAGGAGGUGAACAAAUUACGAGAAUCCAGCUGGAGUCCGGGUGCAAGAUUCAAAUUGCCUCUGAGAGUGGCGGUAUGAUGGACAGAGCCUGCUCCCUCAAUGGAACCCCAGAGAGCAUUGACUGUUUGCUCUCCACCAGGCAGGCCAAAAGAAUGCUUGGGCAGAUUGUGGACCGCUGUCGAAACAGCCCUGGGUUCCACAGCGAGGCUGAGGACAACAGCUCAGUCCACGAGAUGCUCAUCCCAGCCAGCAAAGUGGGCCUAGUCAUCGGGAGGGGAGGGGACACCAUCAAGCAACUGCAGGAGAGAAUAGGAGUGAAGAUGAUGAUGAUCCAGGACGGCCCCAUGCCCACCGGGGUGGACAAACCCCUGAGAAUCACUGGGGAUCCCUACAAGGUCCAUCAAGCGCGGGAAUUGGUGAUAGAGAUCAUCCGCGACAAAUACCAGGGAGACUUGCACAGUGGCCGAAACGACUUUGGGUCAAGAUUGGGUGGAAGUACUUUGGAUGUGGCUGUACCCAGGUUUGCAGUGGGGAUUGUCAUCGGCAGGAGUGGUGAGAUGAUCAAGAAGAUCCAGGGAGAUUCCGGAGUGAGGAUCCAAUUCAAACCAGAUGAUGGCAUCAGCCCAGAGCGCAUCGCCCAAGUGAUGGGACAACCAGACAGGUGUCAGCACGCUGUCCAACUCAUCAACGAGCUCACCCAAACAGCACAGCAGGAACGUGAUGGCUUUGGAAGUUCUGGAGGACCAAGAGGAAGGGGACGAGGCCGCGGGGACUGGGUCAUGGGCUCACCAGGGGGACUGCAGGAGGUCACGUACACGAUACUUGCAGACAAGUGUGGUCUGGUGAUCGGCAAAGCGACCAUUGGAGAGCAGGCAAGAGGUGAGGCUGGAGGCGGAGAUACCAUCAAGAGCAUCAACCAGCAGUCUGGAGCCCACGUGGAGCUGCAGAGGAACCCCCCUCCCAACACUGACCCCAAUGUUCGCGUCUUCUCCAUCAGAGGCACCCCGCAACAGAUGGAGGUAGCAUGCCAGCUCAUUGACGACAAGAUCGGAGGCUCAGGAAUAGUGAGCAAUGGUAGUUUUGGGUUGAGCCCUUACACUCAAAGCCCUGCAACUCAUCAAAAUUGUGGCAGUGGAGCCCAGACUUUAAUGACAGGGGGAUGGGGGACGGCUUAUCAAACAUGGCAGCCUCAAGGCCAGCAAGACCACAGUCACAAUGGAUCCCAGGCAGGCCAGAUGGACUACUCUACAGCUUGGGAGCAGUAUUAUAAAAAGCUAGGUCAGACAUCUCAGCAGCAGAGCUCACUCCCAGAAUACAGUGCAGCUAUGGCAGAAUAUUACAGGCAGCAGGGAGCGUACCUCUGGCCGGGUGCACAGGCAGCCCAGGGCCCAGGUCUUCAGCCUUCUCAUGACUGCCAGUCAUCCUUUCCCAGUUGUCUCUACAUUCCUUCAAUGCAACCUGCUUUACAGUGGCAGUGAUUCUGAUUAUGCGCCACCAAUGUCUAGGUGUCCAUCCCCCUCUGAAGCUUGUUCAUCCAGCCGGACCCCUGCUGUCUCUGGCUCCACACCUACCCGGCCAUCUAGAGGUUUGAAGUCAGUGACAAAGAAGCAGAGUUGGGGAAGACAGAAACCUGCAGACAGAGGGUCGUUGGCACUCUGUGUUGGAACCAUUUCCACUAGUUUUUAGACCAAAAAGGCAGUCAGGACCUCAACUAGACAUGACUGCAAAGUACAGACCCCUUUCAACUUUUUCAACUGUUUUUCACCUCGUCAGUUGUUGAUUCCCUGGUGGCGAACACCAAUAAGUACGGGGCUAAGUAGCAGGCAGGAAAGAAAGAGGCAUGGAAUCCCAUUUCCAUGUCAGACCUUUUCUGAUUUCUUUCACUGGUCAUUUACAUGGGGCUGGUGAAGUUGAAAACUCUGAAGGACGACUGGAAAACGUCAGCUCUCUAUCAACUUCCUUUCCCCACCACUGCCAUGUCUUCUAAAAGGUUUCUGACUAUCUCACGGGCGCUUCACAUCAGUGACCCAGAAGUUGAUGGGGAGAAUGACGAGAGGCACAGCAAGGUUUGAUAGGCCCUGCAAAAUCAAACCUCUCUACCCCAGCAUCGUUGAGGCCUGCAAGACCUAUUUUCAGCCUGCCCAGAACCUGUCCAUCGAUGAGAGGAUGGUAGCCUCAGGCCCAAAUCAGCAUCAAACAAUACAUGCGUAACAAACUCACCAAAUGGGGUUUACAAACUGUUUGUUUUGGCUGAUUCUGUGUGUGCCUACACUUGCAAUUAUUUUGUUUAUGAGGGGAAAAACAGUUUUUCUACCGGUAAUGGACUGAGUUAUGAUUCUGUUAUGGAGUUAUUGGAUUUUCAACUGCUGGGGAAGAGCUACAAACUGUUUGUGGACAAUUUCUACACAAGCCCUACCCUGUUUACAGAGCUGAGGAAGCGGGAUGUGUGGGCUUGUGGCACCAUUCGGACCAACAGAGUGGGCUUUCCAAAAGCAAAGGUGAACGACAUGCCUAAGAUGGCCUACUCUUUGUAAAGUGGAUGGAUACCAGAGAGGUGGUCAUGUGCACAACUUUCCACAAAUCCUUCAGUGGUGAUCACGUCGUCAGGCAUGUGAAAGACGGUAGCGGGGCAUGGACCACAAAAAGUGUCCCCAUUCCAGCUGCGUGAAGGACUACAACAGGGGCAUGGGAGGUGUGAACCUGCCAGACGCACUGAUAGGAUACUACAAUGUUCUCCACAAUACCAUGAAAUGGUACAAGAAAUUUUUCUAUCAUUUCAUUGACAUUGCUGUGGUGAAUGCCUUCAUCCUCCAGAAGGAAAUGGCCAAGAGCUAUGGACAGCCCCCCAUCUCACAGCUAGCCUUCAGGGAGCUGCUCAUCCAGGAGCUUGCUAGCUACAGCAAGUCCACUGCAGCACCUUCUGUCCCCUCCACCUCUGUCCCUUCUGCUCCAACCAGUGGUGUUCACCUGCCCAGAUUAAUCUCUGCAGGCAUGAAUGUGCCUCAGGGCUAAAAUGGCACAGUAGGGAGACGUCGUUGUGCCCUUUAUCACAGGAAAUGCCCCAUCACCUGCACCACCUGUUCAGUAAGCCUCUGCUUUACAGCAGAAAGAGACUGCUAUGGGCCAUGGCAACAGUAGCACAAUAUUGUGUAGAGGACUGAGGGUCUUCACAAUAUUGUAAAUAGUUACCUUUUGUUAUUUUUAAUUUAUCUUUUUAAAUAUUUGUAUUUUUUCUGGGGGGAGGGCGUGUUAGAAAAUAAUUUAUAUAUUUUGUAUAUAGUUAUUUCCUUUCAAAAUGUAUCACUGUACCAAUUCGGCCACUUGUGUUCAUUUGGGUACAUUUGUGUGGGACACCUGGGUGACUUCGUGCUCAAUGUCAUGUAGCUCACUCAUUUUUGAAGUUAUAUGUCUAAAACUUUGCUCAGCUAUUGUUGCCAUCUUAUGUUCUUCAUUCAAAUCAUCCCCAGCAUCCUAUCUUUUGUUUGGCUGUUCUUGUUCAUUUGAAAGAUGAUGCAGCAACAAUAAAAAACAGAAAACUUGUUUA